UUACCAGCGCUUUUUAAACAAACGCUGGUAAGUGCGAAAUGUAGUGCGGGAAAAUUUGGCGCUCUAAUAUUAUUUCACUUUAUUUCUAACUUUACCAAUUUCAUCCGAGCCCUAGUUUCUCUUCAGCCUCCCCAAUCGUCUCUAUCUUUAUUCUCGAUCUCAACUCUGAACUUGCCCCCCUCUUUCUCUAUAACUCCCCAAUCGCCUCAAUCUCUCUCUUUGCAACUCCCCAAUUGCCUCCAUCUCUAUUCUCGGUCUCAACUCUGAACUUGCCCCCCCCCCCCCCUCUCUGCAACUCCCUAAUCGUGAUGACAUGUGCCCCUCCUCCUCAAUCACCCCCCUCUCUUUGCAACUCUGCCUCCAAUCUCUCUGUCACUUUUCUCACUUUUUCUCUCUACGUACCUAUACCAUACCAGUCUUGAUUGAUCAGAAUGGUGAAGCUUGUAUCGGCCCGAGAGAGUAGGAUAUACGGACCCCAAUUGGCUCGAAACCGGUCUGAGUACAUGAGCACCAGCUUAUACGUGUUCGCCACCAUUGUUCUUCUCUGUGGCUUCGCGACUCAGCUCUCCAACAAGCCAAAAUCGGGUUUGGUUCUUCUACUUAUAGGCUUAGCUCUCAUAAUCAUUGUGAACGUUCACGAUCUCCUUGCUCAUCUCGCCGGCAUCGAUUACCAGUUGCCGUUGAUGGAAUUCGACGUCUAGCUCGGCCUCAUCGAGUUCGCCGUCCCCGUGGUUCAGAUUACAGCUACACUUCUCUAUUUCUUGGGGAUUCUUUUUAUUUUCAUUCAGAUUUUGAUGCCGGUAUUCCCUGGGCAACUACGUUAUAUUCAUAAGAACUUGUUCCAUACAGUUUUUGUUCUGGAUCCUGCAUCCAUUUGUGGACUUGAGGCAAUUGACAUGAUUAUUUCUUUGUACGAGAAUAGUUUUCCUAUGAGAUUUGGGGUGAUAUUGUACUCAACAAAGUUUAUCAAGAAGAUUGAAUCGAACAGUGGAGAACUCCCAUUAGAUCCUGUGAAAAAUGAUAGUGGGACAGAGGAAGAUGUGUCCAGUUUGGGUAAUUCAAAUCAAAUGGGCAAGAAGAGUUGUUAAAGUUGAAGUUGAAGCUGAAGAUGGGGUUGUGGCUGUGCUUUCAGCAUUUCCUUCGCCUUGGAUGGGUUCUUUUUGAAAAACUUGUACUACAUUUGUCAAAAAAAUUUAAUUCUUUUUUUUGUCACAUUUAGUAGAUCUAGACAAUUUGGAUGGUAUUUUCAUAUUGGCAGGUUAACUUGUGGUUGUAUUAGUAGACAUUUUUUGAGUUUUGGGUGACAUUUACCAGCUUUAUCUAUUAGUAAACAAUUUCGAUGGUAUUUUUCAUAUUGGCAGCAGGUUAACUUGUGGUUGUAAUAUGUAAAAACAAUUUGGAUGGUACUUUUAUAUUGCCAACUUGUGUUAUAUUGGAUGACAUUUAGCAACCAAGAUAUUUUUUAAAGACAAUAAAGGGCAAAAAAUUAAAAUAAAAAGAAAAAUAAAAAAAUAAAAAUGUGCCUUUACUAGCGCUUCUUAAAGAAGCGCUGGCAAAGAGGGAAAAAAAAAAAAAAAAAAAAAAAAAAAAAAAAAAAAAAAAAACAUAAAA